UGGUGAGCAUCCCUUUCUCCAUUUAAAAAGAGAGGUGAUUACAAGGAAGGGAACCUUAUCUUUCCUCUCUAUUUCUCUCUAGCUCUCUGUCUCUCACUCACUUUCUCUUACACACACACACACAAUGAGCUCAGUUCGAUGUGGUAAGAAGAGCAACAUAAUUCUCUCAUUUGUUUUCCUUUCUCUUCUCUCAUUUCUGAAUGAGCAACUUACCUUGGCCACUCUUGCAGAAGCCAAAAGAAAUGUUUACAUCGUUUAUAUGGGAAAAGGGCACUAUCAUGAUCCAAAGCUCCUUGUGGAAACCCAUCGUGAAAUUCUUACUAGAGUCCUUGGAAGCAAAGAAGCAUCUGCAGAAGCCAUGGUCUACAGUUACAAACAUGGCUUCUCUGGUUUUGCAGCCAAGCUAACAGAGAUUCAAGCACAAAUGAUUUCAGAGUCACCAACUGUGGUUCAAGUCAUUCCCAAUCGCUUCUACAAGUUGCAAACUACAAGAAGCUGGGACUACCUUCAACUCUCUUCACGUCCUCCAAAAAAUCUCCUGCACAAAUCUAAAAUGGGUGAUGGCGUCAUCAUUGGUCUCCUAGAUACAGGGAUAUGGCCAGAGUCUGAAGUUUUCAGAGAUGAAGGUCUAGGGCCAGUCCCUUCUCGAUGGAUGGGUGUUUGCGAGUCAGGAGAGCUGUUCAAUGCAAGGAAGGCCUGCAAUAGAAAGCUUAUUGGAGCUCGUUAUUUCAUCAAGGGACUGCUAGCUGAGUAUGGACAGCCAUACAACACUACUGAAUACAAGGACUACUUGUCUCCCAGAGAUUCAUCUGGACAUGGCACAACCACAUCUACAAUUGCAUGUGGCUUCUUCGUGGCCAAUGCAAGCUACAACGGGCUUGGUAUUGGAACAGUGAGGGGUGGUGCACCGCUGGCUAGGCUGGCUAUGUAUAAAGUCUGCUGGAAACUGUAUGGAGGAGUAUGUGCAACUGCUGACAUUCUGAAAGCCUUUGACAAAGCCAUAAACGAUGGGGUAGAUGUGCUAUCACUGUCUAUUGCCGCUGAUAUUCCCUUGUUUUCUGAUGUUGACACAAAUAGUGGGAUCUCCAUUGGUGCCUUCCAUGCUACGGCAAAGGGGAUCACUGUUGUGUGUUCGGCUGGAAAUGCAGGCCCAAGUGCUCAAACAAUACAGAACACAGCACCAUGGAUCUUAACUGUUGCAGCAAGCACUGCUGACCGCUCAUUUCCUACACCCAUCACGCUUGGAAAUAACUGGACUACAAUGGGUCAAGCUAUGUUUACAGGAGAGAAUAGGGGGUUCAUCAAUCUGGUCUACCCUGAAGUCUCGGAAAUUCUUUCUCCUCGUUAUUGCGAAUCUCUCUCACCGAGUGAUACUUGGUCAGCCGGAACUGUUGUCCUCUGCUUCACUUUAGCUUCUGAUGAGAGUGCAGUAGAGGCUGCUGCAUUGUCUGUCAAAGAGAUUGGUUGUUUGGGAGUAAUUAUCGCCAAAAAUCCCAGUAGGUCCCUGUAUUCAUGCAAUGAUGACUUCCCGUGUGUUCAAGUAAGCUAUGAAAUAGGCACGCAGAUACUCUACUACAUUCGCUCUACCAGGAAUCCACAGGUCAGGAUUAGGCCUACCAAAACACAUGUUGGCAGACCUGUGUCGACCAACGUGGCAUACUUCUCAUCUCGAGGGCCUAGUUCCAUUGCCCCAGCAAUACUUAAGCCAGAUGUAGCAGCCCCCGGUGUCAACAUACUAGCAGCAGUUCCACCUCUUAACCCUGCAAUUGCAUUCAACUUCGGAUCAGGAACAUCCAUGGCAGCUCCCCAUGUCACAGGCAUUGUUGCAUUGCUCAAAUCAUUGCACUCAGAUUGGUCCCCUGCGGCUAUUCAAUCUGCAAUUGUCACCACUGCAUGGACUACCGAUCCAUCUGGUGAACCAAUAUACGCAGAAGGGGAGCCAAUGAAACUUGCGGAUCCAUUUGAUUAUGGGGGUGGAAUUGUUAAUGCGAAUAGUGCAGCAAAUCCUGGUCUUGUCUAUGACAUGGGGACAGCUGAUUAUAUUCAAUACCUCUGCGCCAUGGGCUAUAACAGCUCUUCCAUUUCCCAGCUUAUAGAACAUUCCACAUUCUGCCCCAUAAAACAGCCCUCUAUUCUGGACAUAAACCUCCCUUCUAUAACCAUCCCAACCCUAAGAAACUCAACAACUCUCACCAGAACUAUCACAAAUGUUGGCGCUGUCAAUUCCAGAUAUGUGGCUAUUGUUGAGCCUCCGCUUGGCAUAACUAUAGCAGUAAAACCUCAUAUACUGAUCUUCAACUCUGUUAUCAAGACCAUCUCCUUCACUGUUACAGUUUCCUCUUCUCACAAAGUGACCACAGGAUACUCCUUCGGAAGCUUGACUUGGACUGAUGGGGUGCAUAGUGUCAGAAGUCCAAUAUCCGUGAGAACUGAGAUCACAGAAUCUUAUGAUUGAAAAGAUAUUGUCAUGCUAAAAUGUAUAAAAUAAAUGGGGUGGCAGUCUCUAACAAUUUAAGUCAUGCCCAGAAUACAAGACUGCUUAACAAAGCACAGUUUUCAAGAAAAGACAGCAUAAGCCUCAUUACCACGAGUUUGGCUUGCUUCUAGUAAAAACAAAAAACCAUUAGAAAUCCUCGUGUAAAAAUAAAAGGCAGAAAUUGCCUCGAGUGC